CUUCCGGGGCGUUGCCGAGAUGGUCAUGGCGGAGGGUACAGCAGUCCUGAGAAGGAACCGUCCAGGAACCAAGGCGAAGGAUUUCUACAGCUGGCCCGAUGAGUCCUUCGAGGAGAUGGACAGCACUCUGGCAGUGCAGCAGUACAUCCAGCAGAACAUUCGCUCCGACUGCGCCAACAUCGACAAGAUCCUGGAGCCCCCCGAGGGCCAGGACGAGGGCGUGUGGAAAUACGAGCACCUCAGGCAGUUUUGUCUGGAACUAAACGGCCUUGCUGUUAAAUUACAGGGAGAAUGCCACCCUGACACGUGUACACAGAUGACGGCUACAGAGCAGUGGAUCUUCCUGUGUGCUGCACAUAAAACCCCUAAAGAGUGUCCUGCGAUCGACUACACAAGACACACGCUGGACGGAGCCGCCUGUCUCCUCAACAGCAACAAGUAUUUUCCCAGCCGGGUGAGCAUAAAGGAGUCGUCGGUGGCGAAGCUUGGUUCGGUGUGCCGCCGCAUCUACAGGAUAUUCUCCCACGCUUACUUUCACCACCGCCAGAUAUUCGACAAGUACGAGGAAGAGACGUUCCUGUGUCACCGGUUUACUCGAUUUGUAAUGAAAUAUAACCUGAUGUCGAAGGACAACCUCAUCGUGCCCAUCCUGGAGGAAGAGGUGCAGAAUGCGGCCUCUGCCGAGAGCGAUGCCUAAUGACACGCGUGCACAGUACAAGUCCAUGAAAAAAAUCAAAAUUUUUUGUGACUUGAUGCUAGUGGAUGCCCUUUGACAGGAUCUCAUUUUUGCAUAACGCGGCUAGCCACCUUCGUUUCUCAUCGGCAGUGUUAGGAUUCUUUGAGUGAGGUCUUCCGAUAACACGUCUCAUCGCUAACAUAAAGUACACCUUGUUGGCAUAAAUGCACAGCCUCGUCUCCAGUAUAACACACUGUUUCGCAUCUGUGUUCAUCUCAUAAACAAAAAACUCCAAGAGAUUUUAUAACGGCCAAACUUUUGCAGUUGCUUCUCAUGAGGUUCUUCUUACAGGAGCUUCUCAGAAAUCAGCUGGCUGAUAAACACGCGCCGCACACACACUCAGCUGCCAUCAGUCGAGUUACGGCAACACUACCAGGGUGUUUGUGUCAUAAAUUCUUUUUUUUCCUUUCUUUUUUUUAAUUGAAUGGUAACCAUGGUUACCACACAACCUAAAUAACCCUUUAGCGCCAAAUGUUUUAACUGACCGCUUGCUUUACUCCGCUUAUGUUUUCUUUACUCUCGCCUAAGUUAUUGCUAAUGUACUAAGAUAUUCACAACUCGGACCAUCCUGGCUUUUUGUUUUGUUACAUUAGGGUUUCUAUAAAUCUGUAUCAUUUACAUUAGUAUGUGAAUAAGUAAUCAAUAAACAAGUGUACAGAGCCAUCA